UUUCUUGUAUUUUAAGUGGUUCCUUCCUCAUGAAUACGGUUGACUUGGCUAAGUUGACUUCAUUUUCAUUAUUCCUCCUUUCAUUCUACAAUUGUUGGUUCAUUUUCUUCCAUUUUUCUUCUCAGAUCUCACAAUAUAUAUGAACUAUUUACACGUUAGUGGAAAUCACUUUCAAAAUUUGUUCACUAGCUUUUGGCUUUUUCCUUUUAGCUAGAAUGGAUAAUCACAAGGGAAAGAGUAUCAAUUUUGAGCCAUUCGUUUGGAAAAUUGAGAAUUUUUCUAAACAAAACACCAAGAAUCUACGUUCCAAGUCUUUCCGAAUUGGAGGUUAUAAAUGGAGGAUUCUGUUGCAUCCAUUAAGCAAAAAUGUGGAGCAUUUUUCAUUAUAUUUGAUGGUUGCGGAUUCUUUACCGGCGUAUGGAUGGAGCAGAAAAACACAUUUCAAAUUGGUUCUUGUUAAUCAAACAGAUGACAACAAGUCGGUUGUAAAAGAGACUCAUCAGAAGUUCAAUGGCGGAUAUCGUAGUUGGGGCUCAUUCUUUCUAAAUCUAAGUGAUUUCCAUGACACAAAACAAGGCUAUCUUGUAAACAACACAUGCAUCAUUGAAGUUCAUAUCAACGUUCAAGCUUCAUCACAAAUAGAAUCCUCAAAACAAGAACAAGGUGUCACAGAAACAUCAGAUGAAAGUAGUACAAUCGGAUCAUUUGACUCCAAUGAAACAGGAACACCAGAUUUGACACUAAGAGACCUCUUAGAUUUGGAUAGUUUAGGUGAUGAAGAAGCAAGUUUUAUUCCAUUAUUAGAAGAAGCAUGUAUUUGGCAUCCAUCUUUGAUAAGAAGCCAAAGUAAAAGAACUCAAAGAUUCAAAUCAUGGGCAUUCUCAUCUUUAGGUCAAGUUUUGCAUAUAUUAAAGACAAGUAAAGUGAAGGAUAUGAAUGAAGAAGUGAGUGAUAACCUUAGAGGUUUAUGGGAGGAGCUUGUUAUGGCCUCUGGAUUUAACUUGGAUUGGUUGGAACCUUAUGUUGAAUCUGCAUUGAGUAUGAGAAAACAUUUGGAGAGGACAUUGAAAGUGAAUGAGUUGAAGGGAAGUAUUGUUGAUUUGGAGAAUAAAAUGAGAAAACUUAGAGGAGAAUUGGCUGAGGCAGAAGUUGAGUUUGAGGAAGCAAAGAAAGUCUUGAAUGAGUUAAACAAAGGAUACAUAGAUAUUGAUUUGAAUGCUGAUUUAUCUUACAAUGUUUUUUAGUAUAUGUUUGAAAUUAGGAUAAGAUGGAAAAAAUUAUACUUUGAAGUUUUAACAAAAUUACAUUGUUAUUAAUCUCAAAUAUAUUCACAAAAUUGUGAGAUGUACAUUUCAUGAUAUUGAAGAUUUAGGAACAUGUUAACAUUUCUUUCCUUCCGAUUUUAUUUAUUUACAAGGCAUU